AUGGCUCCUAAAGAGAUCGUCACAUAUGAGGAGUACCUCCCUAUGCGCCUUGCUCUCCUCGAGAAAGAGAAACAAGCCACACGUGCCCGGGACGAAUUGAGCGCUGCACGUCGCCAGCUACCCCUAGUAGAGGUCGCAACAUCUUAUAAGUUUACCGCCGUCGACGCGGCUGGGGAUCACAAAGAGGUCACUUUACUUGAUCUUUUCAAUGGCCGCCCUCAACUCAUCAUCUAUCACUUCAUGUUCGACCCAAGCUGGGAUGCAGGGUGCAGCUCUUGCAGUCUUUUUGCUGACCACAUCCCACCACUUGAGCACUUGAACUCACACUCAACCUCGUUUGCCGCAGUGUCUCGUGCUCCAGUCGAAAAGAUCGAGGCGUACAAGAAGCGCAUGGGUUGGAAAUUUCCCUGGGUGUCGAGCAAUGGCACAAACUUCAAUUAUGACUUUCACGCCACUCAAGAUGAGUCUGUUGCCCCUAUCCAGUACAAUUUCAAGGACAAAGCAGAGCUUGAGCGGCGUGGUAUGGACUAUUUUGCCCGCGGUGAACAGCCGGGCCAUUCAGUCUUUGUGCUUGGUGGCGAGAAGAGUGGCAUUGGAGAGCCUGGAAAGGCGUACCAUAGCUACUCGGCCUACGCUCGCGGUGGUGAACAUCUCAUUGGUACAUUGAGCUGGUUGGACAUGGCACCAUUGGGCAGAUUGGACGGUAUCAAUGGGGUUGCCGGUCUCGGAUACAAGAGACGUGACGAGUAUACCGACGACGACCUGAAGGGCAUUGAGGCCAGGAUUGGUGCUUAA